AUAAAGAGGAACUGGGAAAGGAAGGCAAAGAAGAUCCGUGACGAAUAACGUAUACACAACGCCGACAGGUUCUCCACAGUCUCUUAAAAAUUAGACCUUCCGUCUUCGUAACAUAUAUAAACUCUGAUUAACAUCGAAGUCUGACAACUGUCAAAUGACAAGCCCACUUCAAAAAUUACGUUCCGAAGAUUGAAAUGGCAGCAGAGAUAAAGCCCACACCAGGUGUAAAUCAUGACAAAUUCAGCACGAGCCGCAAACCUGUGUUAUUGUCGAAAUUGGAAGGAUGUAAUGAUGAUGUUAAUGCAGCGAUCAUUAUACCGCGCGAAGAAGGUGUAAUUAGCGUUUGUGAUGAUAGAACUGUUAGAGUUUGGUUGAAACGCGAUUCUGGUCAAUAUUGGCCUAGCAUUUGUCAAUAUAUGGCUGCUGGUGCAACAUCGAUGAAUUACUGUGUGGAGACUAGGCAACUGUUUGUUGGUUUGGAAAAUGGAACUAUAAAUGAAUUCAUUUUGGAACAAGAUUAUAAUCGAAUGACUGCUAUGCGUGAAUACUUGGCGCAUCAAGCAAGAGUUACAGGUGUUAUAUUUGCAUCCAAUUGUGAAUGGGUUUUAAGUGUAGGUCGAGAUAAAAUGUUUCAAUUACAUUGCUCAGAAACAGGUCAAAAGUUAGGGUCCUAUCAGACGGAUGCUUGGUACACUGCACUGCAAUUUGAUGCGCAAUCAAAACAUGCUUUUGUUGGUGAUUAUUCUGGACAAAUAGCAAUGUUGAAAUUAGACACUAAUGGUGUCAGACUAAUCACAAUAUUAAAAGCACAUACCGGAAGUAUUCACACUUUAGCUUGGGAUUGUGAAAAGCAACUCCUAUUUUCUGGGAGUUUUGAUCAAAAUAUCAUUGUAUGGGAUAUUGGAGGACGACAAGGUACAGCAUAUGAGCUCCAAGGACAUCACAAUAAAGUGACAGCACUGUGCUAUGCAAGCGCUGAACGCGUGUUGUUGUCUGGAGGAGAAGAUGGAGUAAUAGUUUGUUGGGAUAUGGCUGCAAAUAGGAAAGAAAUAGCAGCAUGGGUAGAAUCCGAUACGUGCCAAGCUUGUGGAAGACCAUUUUUCUGGAAUAUUAAAGCGAUGAUGGAUCAACGACAAUUGGGUUUGAGACAACAUCACUGCCGCCAUUGUGGUCGUGCCCUAUGCGCACGUUGUACGUCGCAACGAAUACCUAUACCAGCAAUGGGUUUUGAAUUUGAAGUUAGGGUUUGCGAUCCAUGCCAUAUUCAACUUAAAGCUGCAAACCAAACAUCUUUAGCAUCUUUCCAUGACGCGAAACAUAAUGUCGUUGGAAUGGAUCUUGACGCUCCCAGACGAAGAUUAUUAACGAUCGGACAAGAUCGACUCAUUAAAAUUUGGGACAUUUCCGCACUUCUUCAGUGAACUUCCAAAUAUGUUUGUUUACAAGUAACGAAAUUAAUCAAAUCAUAUGAUAUAAGGGAAUAUAUUGUCAUAUUUCAAUGUAAGAGUGUACUAUCCAGAGCCUAUUUUUGUGACCAUCAAAUCACUUUGUUUGAUUAACAACCAAAUGAUUUUUUCUUAUAUCGCAAUUUACUUCUUAUAAGAAAUUCGAAAAUAAUAGAUCUUUCUAUGAAAUCGUAAUAGUAUAGCUAUGAAAUUUUAAACAAACGUUUAAUUUGCAAGCAUCUUUUAUUUGUAGCAAGUAAAAAAAAAGAGUAACUCAUAUACUUGUUAAACAAGUAGUUAGUGUUAGUACAUAUAUUUUUUAAUAUUUCUUAUUUAGUGCAAUCAUAUUUGAAAACGACCAAAGUACGAAUCAAUAUACAUUAUUCGGGAUUUCAUCUAAUUAUCUUUGUUAUCAAUUUAUUAUAACGAAUUACUAUUUUGAAUAACAAAAAUUGAACAUAAUUUGAUUUCGUUAGGUUAGCAAACAACUAAACGUAAUCCAAAUUUCUUUGUUUUCCUAAGGUACCCGUAAAACACGAUUAAUUCUUCAUUUCUAGAUUGUAUUAAUUGUCUGAUCAUUAAUAAUUUGUCAUAUGUUAACAAAAAAAAUAAAUUAUGCGACAUUUUUGGGGAAACAUUAAAAAUAUCUAAACGAUAAUAAUUUAUUAAAACAAUAAGAGGUUAUCAAAUAACAUAAGUCACUAUAGCUCCUAGUCGUUUUAUUUGUUGUAUCCUUAAUUGUUGAAUAUUAUAAUUUUUUACCAGCAAACAAGAAAACGUCCCAGAUUGACAGGCUAAUUGACUCUUUAAUGUCCAUCAAUUUCUCCAAUCUUUUGAAAAUAGGUAGAGGUUUUGUAAAAGAACCACGAAUAUGCUUUCGUAAAUUUGUUUUAGCAAUGCAGUCCAAGUACAGUGAUAAUGCGCUUCCAUAGAAAUAGCACUUGUGAUUAGAAGGAAGUUUUGAUACAUAUUAUGUCACAACGAGGAAACGCAGUGUUUGGAGUUAAUUAGCUGUUCAUUUUAUUUUCUUGACUUUUCCAUUAAAAAAAUUAAUAUAAAAGAGAACCAGAUUCUGCAUUUUCGCCUACACGCUUGAAUGUAACUAUUUCACGUGUUUCCAGAAUUAUGUAUAAAAUUCCUGCAUAUUACAGAUAUGUUUACCUUGUUAUUAUCAAUGACAAAAUUCUUGGAAAAGUUUGCUUAGCGCGAAGCUUUUGCCGUUGCUUCUAGGACUAUCAUCGAUAACAAUGCGGCGUGAUAUUAUACUAUAACUUUAGUACCGAACCAAUCGAAAUACUCGUAAAAGAUAGGUCGUUAAAAUUAAACUAUUCUCGUUACACUAAAAUAUCGUGUUUAUGUAUAAAACUGAUUUUACGCAACUGUUGAAUCGCAACGCACAUACAUCGCCUAUGUUGUUGUUGCUCCUGAAAUUUUCACGUAUCGAUGUGUAUAUUAUAAGUUACGGAAAUCGCAAUACGUGUAUGUGUAACGUUCAUGUGAAAUUCAUAUGAAAUGAAAAUAUAUUUUCAAUGUAAACCAUU